UUCUCGGCGCGCGUCUCGGGAACGCACGUCGAAGGUGACAGCCCUCUGUUUUUAGAGGGUACACCGCCGUCUGUCGUCCCGCGAAAUCUCCGCAACACACCCUUCGGUUCCCUCGUCCUCGCAUUUCUCUCUCUCUCUUGACACUUGAUCGCCCGACUUGAGGAAGUUACACGUGGAAAUGUACGAGCGGCGCGAUGCGUACGCGUUGUGGCACUAGGGUACCGUUAAGUGUGAUGACACUGGAUACUUGAGUAUCGUGACGUCGAACGAUUAGUAUCGAGCGUACCGUAUACGAAACAUGAUGUCCAACGGCGUUCAGAAUCUGACUGAGCAGAUAGAAGACAGCUCGAUGGGGAAUAAUGUACAUCACUCGUCCUCCCCUUCAUCCUCGGCGGCACCGGCGGCACCGGCGUCAACGUCGGCCUCGGAUUCUACUUUAAUGAAUUGGUCGUCGUACAUCCUGGCAGUCCGACCGUGGUCGCUGAGCGCGUCGCUGAUGCCAACGUUUCUCGGAUCGAUGCUCGCGUAUCGAUCAGACGUCGGGAGUUUCAGUACGAUAUCGCUGCUCCUAACUGUAUGCAUAGUACUUUGCGUACACGGCGCUGGUAAUGUAGUGAACACCUACUUUGACUACGUGAAGGGCGUCGAUAGCAGAAAAAGCGACGACAGAAUACUGGUAGAUGAGUUACUGUCCAAAGACAGUUUAGUUAGAUUAGGGGAAUCCCUGUACGCGCUAGGCUGCUUGGGAUUUGUCCUCCUGGCGAUCAUCUCUCCCGCGAAGAUGGAGCAUCUGGCUCUUGUGUACUUCGGAGGUUUGUCCUCCUCCUUUCUCUACACAGGAGGUAUAGGAUUUAAAUAUAUCGCUCUGGGCGAUGUACUUAUCUUAGUCAUAUUCGGUCCAAUCUCAGUUUUAUUUGCGUUUAUGGCGCAAACCGGUUACAUUGAAUUAGGAACAAUUUAUUACGCGAUACCGCUCGCCUUAAAUACCGAGGCUAUUUUGCACAGCAAUAACACGAGGGACAUGGAGAGCGACAAGAAGGCCGGGAUCGUAACGCUAGCUAUCUUGAUAGGUCGUACCGCGUCUCACGUUUUAUAUGCUUUUUUACUGUUUACACCGUACGUAAUUCUUAUAGUAUUGGCGGUCAGAUAUUCCUUCUGGUUUUUUCUGCCAGUGAUCACUCUACCGACCGCCUUUGAAAUAGAGAAGGAAUUCCGCAAUCCGGAUAGAAUUCAAAAUGUGCCUAAACAGACAGCCAGAUUAAAUAUGUUUCUAGGUAUUUUGUAUGUUGGCGCUUGUUGGCUCGUCGGUUCGCUUCCUUAUCUGUAAAUUAUUCGCAUCAUCCUGGAUUACUCUUCCCGUUCAUUAACCCGGUGAUACCUUUCUCAAUGAGAUCUUAUCCAGAUUUGCAAUUAAAGGUACACCUUUUUAGACAAGCGGAGAAAAUUAUUUCUUUUAUUUAUUUUUAUUUAUUAACUACGUUCAAUAUAACUCUGCGUCAUAUUGUAACGUAACAUAAUGGAGAUGUGAUUGUUUUUAUUGGCUGCAUUCAGCAGAGAAAUCUGUUUUGCAACAUCUUUGUUAAGAUUCGUGAAUUCAUACAUGGUGUAUACUCUUAGCUUCAGCCAAAAUUAAAAGCAUACACCGAUCAGAUUCACAAAUUUUACAGCAGUUGCGAAGCAGUUUUCUCUGUUGAACGCAGCCAUUAUCUGCAAGGGUAAUCCAAGAUUGAUGAAGUUAGACUUUAUCGAUACAUGUAUCAGCAGCUUGUUGUUUACUGACAAAUUUGAUAAUUGUAUCAAAAUCCUUGUGCCCUCAAAAUUCAUCACUCUCAAAUUAUAUUUAGCACAAGUAAAAGAGAAGCUAUAACUCGUUUGUCAAAGAUAUUCAUGUCACAUUCGCCUCAAGUACAAACUUUAUUCAUAUCAUUUUCGAAGUGUUUGUCACAAAAUUAGGUUCCCGUGACUUGAUCUUGAAUUAUUAUUUCAUAAAGCGCACUGUGUGUGUAUUAUUACUUUUUAUAAUAAGAUAAAAUAUCAUUCUCGCGGAUGUCAAGACUUGAAGAAACGAAGAUAUAUAAUAAUAGCCCUUCGUUUGUUCUUUCUCAUUUUCACUUAAAAGUCAACCAAAUUUAUGUUAUAAUUUAUUUAAAACUAUCUUUUAUAUGAAUUUCUCAAAAUUAAACUUCUUGAAACAGACUUUUGUGUAUUUAUUUUAAGAUAUAUUUCAAGAAACACGUUGCGAAAUAUUUGCGAAUAUCCAUAGUCUGCGUAUUCGAUUAUAGGAAUGAGGUAUACGCGCAUGAAUUUCGUUAUGCAAAUGUUCGCAUGCUAUUUAUGGGCCAAUUCCUUUUUAGUGAUACAAGUCGACACAAACAUCAUCCUAUCCUUCUUGGCAUUCAAUGAAUAACAAAGACAAAACGACUAUUGUGUCACUAAAAGGAAUUGGCCUUGUGUUGUAACUUACGCGUAUAAUAGUUUUAACAGAGUGAUAUCUCAUGAGCAUCACAAUGUCGUAUGUUACAUUCUCACAUGUUAUGUUCAACUUAAUCGUUUUAUUUUUACUCGACAAAUUAAACUUUCCUUCUCCACUAAUGAUUCAGAUAUGCAUCGAUAACGUACAUAAUCUUUAGACAUGUCAGAUGUCAAUAGAACAGAUAUUGUAAUAUCACUGUUUGUUUAAGUGCUAUAAGAAGCUACGGUUGUAAUAUUUAUUUCCUAAAUAGAGACUCGAAUUAGGAAUAAAUCAAAAGCAUAGCGGAAAUACGUAGUAUUUUAAAAUACAUUUUCACCAAGUGAAAAUGCAUAGUUUGCUUUUACCUGGAUCUACCCGAUAAUCGACUAACAAUGAAAUAUAAGAGGCUGGAACUGUAAAUGUGUUCUGUGAGUAGCGCAAAAAUGAACAAUUUUAGUAAUACAGGAAUUAUCGUAACAUUAAUUUAAAACAGGUUUUCAGAUUUUAUAUGAUUAUACAUGUAUAAAAUUGUUAUACAAAAUUUUUUUACGAGAAAGCAAAAUAUUAUGUCAAUUUGUAUUAUAUUCUGUAUAUAAUGUCACGAAACCUUGUAUUAUAGCAUCAUUUGAUCUCAGUUCAUCGAUAAUGAAUUUAUUAACAUCUUUCGUUAUAAAAUAUCCUAUAUUAAAUAUCUCUCUUUGAAGGCGCAUACAUUUUCAACGUAUAUAAUAAAAUUAUCAUAUCGAGAGGAAUCGGAAAAGGAAUGUGCAAUACGAUUCAAAGAAAGAUAUACGAAUAGAGGAGAAGCAGAAAAAAAUUUGUGUGACUAAUUCAAUAAAUAAUUUUAAUAUA